GCGGGUUUGAACGCUGUUCCCGGGGAGACAACGGUGUCCUCAGCGCGAUGGAGCCGAGGGUAGUGAAGCCACCUGGGCAGGAUUUCGUAGUGGAGCGUCUGAAAAGCCGCUACGGACUAAGUGGCUGCUGCCCCGCGGAGUAUGAUUUUUCAAACUUUGAUCAGGCUAAAUGUAAGAGAAGAUCUCCAACCUACUCAGAUGAUUUGGUUUUCUACUCAUCUGGAGAUAAAGUUGUUUACCCAUUAAGGUGUUAUUCUGAUGAAAGAAAGCAUUCCACUGCACUUCUUUGUAGUUCAUUCAAGCACUUAAAUGGGAACUGCCUAGAUAAUGAACAGGAUUCUUUUCGAGAUUUGAAGCAACGGGAAACGGAAGAGUUAAUUGAGAAUGAUCAUUAUGUUAAUAGCUCCAAAAUAACCAAGCAGUCUUUUAAAGAAAUAGAAAAAGUUGCCCAGCCAACUAAUUUGGCCUCAAAUUCAAGAAAUAGGACUGAAAGUUGUAGUGAUUCAAGUGACUCUCCUUUGAAACAUGUCAGCUUUCCAACAUCUAAAGCAUCAAACAAGCAGAAUUUACGUCCACAUCAGAUCAAUCGGAUAUAUGAUGAAUUGUUUCAAAUACAUCAGAAACUACAGUGUGAAACUACAGCACAACAGGAAUUUGCUGAAGAACUUCAAAAGCGAGAACAUUUUUUAGUUGAAAGAGAACAGCUGCUGUUCAGACAUGAAACUGCCUUGAGUAAAAUUAAAGGUGUCGAAGAAGAGGUUCUUACAAGAUUUCAGAUUAUAAAGGAGCAACACAAUGCAGAAGUUGAGCACUUAACUGAAGUUCUUAAGGAAAAAAAUAAAGAAAGCAAGAGACUAAGGUCCUCUUUUGAUGCAUUGAAAGAAUUGAAUGAUAACUUAAAAAAACAGUUAAAUGAAGUAAGUGAAGAAAACAGGAAGAUGGAGAUUCAGGCUAAAAGAGUUCAAGCUCGUUUAGAUAAUUUGCAGAGGAAGUUUGAGUUUAUGACAAUACAGAAAUUGAAAGGAAAUGCUCAUGUUGCUCACGAAAUGAAAAGUUUAAAACAAGAAAAAGUACCAGUUUCAAAAACUUAUAAGUUACCACUUAACGCACAAGUUUAUGAACUUUUAACAAUCUUCAUGGAUUGGAUUUCGGAUCAUCACCUUAGUAAAUUGAAAAGUGAAGAGUCUGGAAUGGAUGGUGAAAAGCCUGUACUCGGAUUUGCUUCUCAGAGAAAUGAGAUUCAGGAGAAGUGUGUAAAGCUUUUACCUAUGAUGACAGAGCAGCUACAGUGGAUGCCAUUUGUGAAUGCCAAACUUCAUGAGCCUUUUGUAAAAUUUAUGUAUUGGUCUCUACGGCAGCUAGAUGCUGGAACACAGCAUUCAACUAUGACGUCAACAUUGAGGAGACUGGGUGAAGACAUAUUCAAAGGAGUGGUAACUAAGAGAACUCAGGAUAAUUAUUUAGAACAUUCUGUGGAGAAUAAACCAAAGACAGCUGCUUUCUUUAAGAGUUCCAAUUUACCACUGAGAUUUUUAUCAACGUUAAUUGUUCUCAAAACAGUCACUCAAGCUGACUACCUGGCUCAGGCAUUUGAUUCUCUUUGUUUGGACUUGAAGACUGAUGAAGGGAAAGUCUUGUUUUUGGAGUACCAAGCUGUUCCAGUAAUAUUAAAUCAUUUAAGAAUCUCCAGUAAAGGACUCCUAUCCAAUGUCAUUGAUAGUUUGCUUCAGAUGACAGUGGAAUCUAAAUCCUUGCAGCCUUUCCUGGAAGCCUGUAGCAACACUUUAUUUUUUCGUACUUGCUCUGUGCUGCUUCGAACCCCUAAGCUUGAUCUUCAAAUACUAGAAAAGCUCAGUAUUAUUCUACAGAAACUUUCUAAAAUCAAGAGUAAUAAGAAGCUCUUUGAACUUUUUACAAUUCACCUGAUGCUUCAAGAAAUACAAAGGACGACACAUCCAGAACAUGCCUUUCUCUGCAUUAACCUCAAUUCAACUCUGUUCAAUUUGGGUUUAACAAAAUGCAACUCUGUGGCCUCCAAUGCAAGCCAUUAGCCUGCCUUAUUAUUGUUUUAUGUAUAUUAUAUAUGUGUUGCUUAUUUGUAAGACUGCAGAAAUCAUCAAAGUAACUAAAAAGUUAUCAAGUAAAGUUUUCAGUAGCAUCAUUUAUCAUGAAAAAUAAAAUAGAAUUUAUUUUUCACUUUAAAAUUGAAAUCUAUAGAAGCUCUGGAAUUUUUGGAGUGUUACAGUUCAACUAAGGUAAUACUAAUGUGCAAGAUGGAAUUUCUAGAAUCAAUGACACGGGUUACUUUUUGUAAAAAUGUGUUAGAAAAAUUCUUAAAAUUAUGUGAUUAUUUGGAAUAAAAUUG